UGAAACUUUUUUAAAGGCUUUAAAUUACUCCAGGGAUCUUAACGCUAUGUAUUUCUCUCAGAUUAAGGGAAAUCAGGAGAGGUUUUAUCAGAACACUGCAGCCAGUGAGAAACCUUAUGAGUGGCAGCUGUUAACUGGGAAUCAGUGGCAGAGAAUUGACAACGAUCACGUGAUUGAGACUCAUUACUGCCAACCUGGAGCAAAGGGAAUCACCAUAAACACCAGCCAAGGGUGUGUGUCUAUAGACUUUGACACGCUGCGGACUAACAAUGCGUCAUUAAGAGUUCAGAGGCUCAGCCUCCUCUCUCAGGGGCAGACAGAAGACAUCGGCUGGUACUUCAGAGAUGACCACCUGUGGUGUGAAUAUGGAUCACAGAGCUCCAGCUCAGCAGCUUCCUCAGUCAGCAGUGGAGACGUUGAGCUCAGCUUCACUCACGACCCACGGGGAGUCUUCGGCUUCACUGUGGGCUCCACCAGAUACUCACUGAACUUUUCCAACAUGACCCAACAGAACACCGUCACAGGCGUAAGCAGAAAAGUACGGAGACGUCCAAAACUCACUCUCAGCCCUGCCGGGCUUUAUUCCCCCCCAGUGCUGCAGACAUCCCUCUCACCACAGCUCCCCCAUCGCAGCUUUAGGUGGGAGUUUAUGGGAGAUGAGGGGCGUUGGACAGAGUACCAGGCUCAUGUUUGUUCGUUCGACAGUGCUGCCAUUGAGACGCAAUACCAGCUGGACCCACAGGGCCAGCUGCUCUUCAGGAUCAACAAUUUCUCAUAUACGUUGGAUUUUUCAAGAAUGUGUCAAAUAAACUCAAACAUCGGAACCACGAGGGCAGUGAGGAGGACUCUUUCCUAUGGAGUCCAAACAAACACCAGCUCAGGCUCUCGAUGGCAGUUCCAGGACAUCGAUGGGACGUGGAAAGAAUAUUCCAAAGGUUACAGUCAGUGCAGCGUUUCCAGUCCAGACAUUGAGCUCCAGUACCAACAGAACCCAUCAGGCUCCAUGACGUUUACUACCAAAUGCUUCAGCUAUGAGCUCGACUUCUCAGGUGAGCGGUGGCACGAGCUUGUCUCUGCGUCCACAGAUCCAAUUUUUAAAGGCAUAAUUUGCAACUUUUUCCUCUUUUGAAAUAAUUUUGAGCCAGUACGUGCUAAAAUUACCCUUUACAGGGUUAAUCAAAUUUCACAUAGACCCCCAUCACCCCCGUGACCAGAAUACCGCAUUUGCAACUUCAGACUGAUGGGCUGAAGCUGUUGGACUUGGAAAAAAAUUAAACAAUGGACUCUGUUUUCAUCACAUUUCCUGCAGGUUUUAGAUCAUGAGCACAACUGAUUUGUUUAAUUUAGUGAUGAAUCACUCCUGAGGAAUGAAGGCUGGGAGACGUUUCAGCAGUUAGAUUAAGGUGUUAAAAACACACACACACAGCGAGAUGCUUCACUUUUGCUUUGACCGUGGAUUAUUAAUAACACACACCAGGGGCCGCUAAAAGCAAGUAAAACUACUCAAUAUACCUUUAAUGUCCAGACUCACAGUGAACAUGUCUCUGUGCAGCCAUGACUCAGAGGAACCGGUCUACAAACGUCACCAGGGCUGUGAGACGGCUCGUCCAGUGACAGAUUUGGAGGAUGUUGCUUCAUCCGUCCGUCGCUGCCUCUCAGGUUCUUCGAUUCCUCACAAGAUGCCUUUUUUAUUUAAAGGGUUUAAAAGACUGUUAUUCUGUUCCUGUUUUACAACACUUUAUUAUUUUAAAGGUGAUCUCUGCCUCUUUGAAGCUGAAGUAUGUUUUAUUUAACAUAAGGGAUGGGUCCGAUUAAUUUAUUUUGGAGGUAAACAUUUAGUUUGCAAAAUCAGUAUUUGGGAAAUAAAUAUUUAAGUCUGACCCAAAAAUAUAAAAUAUAGUGUGGAGCUAAAUAACAUCAUGGAAAAUAAAUAUUUAGCUGGGAUCUAAAUAUUUUUUU